AUGCUUUUACUUGAGCAAUGUGAGCAGCUGUCACUCAAUGGUGAUAGUGCUUUGCUGUCCAAAGCUGCGUUUCGAUUUCAGAGGGAUGCGGUAACACCUGCUCAGCUGUGGUGGCGCCUGGACCUUCUGCAUGAGAAGUUGAUCAGCAAGGGAGAAAAGAGAAAGUUAUACAGAUGGGUUUGCUUUUUGAAAGAUGCAGUUAGUCAAACAAAGCUUUUGUCCGGGAAUGAUGUGUGCAAAUGGCUGCACAUGAGAAGUUCCGACCUUCCGCACAAUGCAUUGCCACACCAUGUUGCUACAUCUACAGGCCUGAUUGCUUUCAUUGCUUUUGUUUUGCGAGACGGCCGAACUUCGUCAAUCAUUGACUUUUGUCGGAGUUUACUUGCAAACAUUUGUGCUCGUGCAGUUGCUCACUUGACUGGGCCAGUCGAAAUCAUCAUCGGUGAUGACAUUGCGCCUCUUCGUGUUUUACCUGGCGGCUUAGUGCAAGGCUUGGCCGAUGCAAUUUCAAGCAGGCACGCGAUGGUGUGGCAGACGUGGCAAAACGAAUGGCUGGCCAUGCAUGAGCAGCAAGAGCUUUCCUCUCUGCCAGAUGACGCUUCACUUCUCCUGACUGAUCUUGUGAAAUUCUCUUUUGAAAUCGACAGAAGGAGAAGGUCGACAAACAAACACAUUUGGCCACGUGAUAGCCAGACAGGGAUGACCCUUCACAGUGUGUUGAAAGGGUUGGUUGUGUUCCUGAGUCAUCAUUUGGAUGACUUUGUCUUGAACUACUUUGUUCAUGAGCAUGACUGUUCCGAAGCUGUGCCCUCGAGACGUCGUUCCAAUGGCGGUGGAGAGGUUGCCAAGCGGAUUCAAAUGUCAGCUGACACCAUUUUUGAAAUCAUCCAGGAUGCAAAAGAUUCUGGCCUGUCGAUGCGGGAGGCUGUCAAUUUUUUGAAACGCAGUGGCAGGUUAUCAGCUGCUGCUGGCACUCAUCCCAACGCUACUGAUGCUUGGAUGAGAAGACAUCAAAAAAUAUACGAUGACCGAGCUGUGAUUGCAUUCGCAGGGACCAAUCAUCUGAACCUGAUUGCCGACGGCUCCAAGCAUGCGGGGAAAGAAGUUCUUGUGACAGUUGCGUACUCCUGGGAGAACAAUACAGCCGCAUUUGCUCCUGUCCAGGUCAUAAUGCCGCUGGACGAUAUCGCCCCUGGUGAGAUGGAUUUGACAAGCCUCAUUGAGAAGCUCGCCAAGGAGAACAAAUUGCAGCGUGUUGCAUCCUACCGUCAUCUGCAAGCGGUGAGCCACCAGGUGAACUUACUGACAGCAGGCUUUCAUGAGGACAAGUUGCGGCUCCUGGAUGUGAUGAUGAGCAGGGAAGACCCUGAGUCCUGUGCCCUUUUUCACGAUUGCUGGGAAACGAUCCGAGAUGACCUUGGUAUGCCCUCAUUCUCAACGAUGCAUGAUGUUUGGCGAAAACUCCCAACAGGUGAUGCUUUUCAGUCCAAGGGAACUCUUCCCAAGCUGAGCAGAUGGUUCAGCUGGAACCAAUCAUGUGAGGAGCAGCUGCCAUCGUGGAACAUCUUGAAGUUGGUGCUGAAGUACCAUUUCUGGGAAAAAGACAUCGACCCAGAUGUUGCUGCUCAGAAACGUGAGCUCGCUGCGAUUGCCCAGAUGGAUGAUCCGAAGGAAGAAGAGAAAGUGAAUGUUCGGAAGCAGUUUUCGCUUCUCAAGGAAAAGCUGGGAGGGGGGCUCAAACUGGCUCUCUACUGCCUUUCUGAUCGCCUGUGGCAACAAGUUCAAAUACUCCAAAUGGUCAGUCGGCCAACUUGGACUUGGUACAGCGCAUCGGUUCGAAACAUGAAGAACAGUCAAGACCAUGUUGAGCGGCUGAUGGCAUUGGCCCAGUACUGGCAGCAAGAUGAGCAUCUGCAGAGUACUGCAGCUGUGCCAACCGCCAAAAGCCCAGAACUGCUGAACUUACUUCAUAGACAGGAGUUUGCGAGUUUCACAGAUACGGCAGAGAAGACAUUUGACCUCACGACGCAUCUCCUCAUGCACCGCACAUGGAGUUUGAGUCGCGCAAGUGCGCCGCCUGACUGCUAUUCAGAACUCUUGCACCCUGACAUGCAGAAGAAGCAGGCCGCUGCGGACAUGAUGAAGCAAGACCACCAGGCUCUUCUGCAAUUGGAACAGUGUCUGGCUGAUUCCGGGAAGGCAAUGCAGCUUUUGGAGGACCUGAAUCAGGUAUUCACGCCGCCUGUGCGACUGAUGAUGCUUGCCUAUGAAGAAGAUUUUUACAGAUGCGAUUCUCAAGCUGGAGGGCAUCUUCUAAGUGGUCUUGUCUGCACAUUACCGGGCAACAAGAUCAUUGAAGAUCUUCACAGUGUUCUGCGCAACGAUUCAAAGUCACAAAAGACGAGGCGCCAAACACUGCACAACAUGAUGGAACUGGUCACGCAGUCGAAGCAGCUGUCAAGCCGCGACAUUGUGCACAAGCCAAAGGUCGACAAGGCUGUGUUCCUACAGGCUUUCCCACGAACGCCUGACCGAAAGCGCAAGCGCUGUUUUGCUCGAAACCACAAACUGCCCGAAUCCUGGUCUACAGUGAUGGGCCGGAAGCAGUGGUCUACAAUCUCUGAAGAGGUGCUUCACAGAGGCUUUGCAGCGCUGGCUUUCCUCCAGGCUUACACUUCGGAACGAAUGGGUGAGCAAGGGCUUCGACUAGCAGAGGGCCGGUUAUCAAAAUUUGCAGUGCAGCUUCAGUUCCUGCAGCAGGUCGACACUGGCUAUGUCGGUUUUUGUCUUGGCAAUGCUUGCUGGGGAUGCCUCAUGUGGCCCGUUUUGGAGUUUCAUGAUGAAGAUUCAGGUUUUACUGGCUACUAUUUGUCGCCAACUGGUGAAGCUCACUGGAAAUUUCUUGUAAACCCAAUGGAUUGGAUGGUGGUGAGCGCCAGCGCUCAAGUUUUCAACGACCAAAUCUUUAUGGUGAUGAAGAGCAAGGAGACAUUGCUUCGAUUUUUCUUUGCAGACGUUUCCUUGCACAAAAAUGUGACAGUGGCAGACUUGCAAAUCCUUGGUGGCUUUUUCAAGCUUGAUGUUGAAGAGACAAAGAGGUUGAAGCGAGUGGACUUGAUCCACAAACUUGUAGAUGUGAUUGGGGGCCGAGAUGUAGAUUUCAUCAAUGCAAUCAAGUCCGCUAUGCAGAAGCCGGAGAAGCCUCAAAAGCAAAUUGGAGAUGAGUUAGACGAACUCAUUUUGGGAGAGCUGCCAGCCGAAGACCAGGAUGACUUCAAGUUGGUUGCCCAAGUGAUUGAGAGCAAACAGAAAUCAGGCUGGAGCUUAGUCGAAUCUCAAUGGAAAAAGGCUAUGGCGAAAAAGAAGCCAAGGGCCAAGGGAAAGGCCAAGGCGAAACCCAAGGCGAAACCCAAGGCCAAGGCCAUUGGAAAAUUCGGGCGAAAAGGAAAGGCUUCGGACAUGGCCGAUGACAAGGCAGCACUGUGGUUUUGA